AUGGCGUCUCCUGUAAAAGUAACUCCCGCGCAGUAUCGCAAAUAUGGUGUGAAUGGUACACUUCGGCUUUCUACUGGUUUCUUCCAGCGUUAUUUCGAAAGUGACGGUACGACGACAGAAGUGCCGAUCCUCCAAGUUUCGCUAGCCAGGAAGCUGGUAGAAGGGAUGGCAGGAUGGCCUGAUUCUUGUCUAAGGUUACGCUUGACUGAUGGUGCAUUUCAUUAUUCUGGACUUUUCGUGGUUAGCAGCCUGGAGAGCCAGUGUGACCGGGACAAUUUGGUAGGUAACGCUGAGAAUGGUGGUGAAAUAAUCGCGGUCACUAAAAUUAAACCCAUGUUAAUGAUUGCUGGGUACGAAUUACUUUCAAGAGGGCAUCCGAUACUAUCACCAGGUGUAAGCCAUGAUGGAGACAAGGUCAGUGUCAAGGUCGCACGUCCUUCAGCACCGCGCCGACAACCGCAGAGUUUUGGAUCCGGCAACGUAACACCUAUAGCCAUGAUCACCCCAUAUAUAAGCAAAUGGCGAAUCUGCGGUCUGUGUACUGCUAAAGAUGAACUAAAAACAACGAAAGCUCGAAGUGGUGCUGGCGAUAUGAAGGUGUUCAGUUUCGAGAUAACAGACAAAGACGGUGCUUCAAUUCGUAUAACCGGCUUCAACGAUGCGGCAGAGAGGGCCUAUAGUAUCAUCCAAACCGACUGCUCGUAUUAUAUAUCUGGAGGUACAGUGAAACAAGCGAAUAAGCGCUUCAAUACAACUGGCCAUGAUUAUGAACUUUCCAUGAAUGCCACUACUGAGAUUGCGCCGUGUCAUGACCAAAUUCCAAAGCCGGCGUUGGUGCUGAAGAUUUGCCCUCUUCAAAAUAUACCAAGUCAUAAGGACGAAUUUGUCGAUGUGUUAGCUGUGGUCGACAAGAUGGAUCCUGUUAAUAAGUUCAUUUCGAGACAAGGAAGGGAGUGCGUAAAGCGUGAUAUUCAACUAAUCGAUCAAACUGGGACCGUUGUACAGCUCACGCUUUGGGGAGAACACGCUGAGAACUUUGAAGAUCAUGCACUAGGACAGGUCAUUUCAAUAAAAGGAGCGCUAGUGAAAGAAUGGAACGGAGCGUUCAGCAUUGGAAUUUCAUCCGGAUCAAAAAUCGAGUUGAGCCCUCAGCUUGAUGAGGUCCCGAAGCUUUAUGAAUGGUAUACAACUGAACGCGCGUCAGUCGAUACAAAAACUAUAAGCAUGACAGCCUCCGGAGGAAGUGAUGCAUUUGGUAUGAAUGUCGUUUUACAAAGCCUUCGUUGUUCAAAUGUAUUUGCACUAACAGGACGUGAUCUGCGUUUCAUUGGCACCGCUACUGCUUUACAACUGGGAAAUGAAGCAGCUCUCGCGAAUGGCCGUUACAUGAAUUUGAAGGCGAUGGUCACAACAGUGAAGACCGACAAUGCCUUGUAUCAGAGUUGCUCUAACGAGGGAUGUUCAAAGAAAGUUGUUCAAUUGGGUGUCGAUCAGUAUAGGUGUGAGAAGUGUGACACCACAAGUGAUUCAUUCCGAUGGAGCUACAUGGUUCAAGCUGAACUCACGGACCUAACUGGUUCUCUAUGGGUGACAAUGUUCUCCAGUUCAGCGACAAAAGUGUUUGGAAUGGAAGCCCAGAAACUCGGAGAGCUCAAGGAUGCUGACAAGGAUGCUUAUGAUAAAGUAUUGACUGAUAUUUGUUUCAAAUACUUCAAUUGGCGGAUAAAUGCAAAGCCUAACACUUACAAUGAUGAAACUCGAAUGCGCUAUUCCGUCCUGGGAUGUGACCCAGUUCCCUACGAUCGAUACAUUUCGCAAUUGGAGCACACCUUAGAAAAGCUGGAACAUCUGGAAUUGAGAGGCUGA